CGCGCGGAGCGGCGGGCGGGGAUCCCGGCCCCGCGUGCGCGUGACGUCGCCGCGUCUCGCGCCGCUCCGGGCCGGCGGCGGCCCCGGUGUUUUGGUGGCCACAGGUUCACCAUGAAGCUCAACUAGCAGCACAAUGGCCGUACGGGGAAAAGAGGCUGCAGCCUUCCUGCUGGAUGUCCUGCCGAGCCGUGGAAAACCCCGAAAAGUCUCAGUGCCAGAUGAAGUUUCACGGAUUUCUCCGUCAGAUGCCCGUGGGGUUGGACACUCGCUAGCAGAGAGCUGAAGCCCCCAGCCUGUGCCCAGGAGAGCAGGAUGCGGGUCACCACGCGCAGGGUGCUGCUGCUGGUGGGCUCGGUGGCGGCCCUGAUGGUGACCCUGCACCUCGGGCAGCAGGUCCUGGAGUGCCAGCAGGUCCUGAGCGAGAGGAGGCACAGGCUGAUGAGGCCGGAGAACGAGGAGCUGGUGAUGGUGGACGCCAACCACGUGGAGUACCGCUACAGCAAGGACAUGCCCCUGAUCUUCAUCGGCGGCGUCCCGCGCAGCGGCACCACGCUGAUGAGGGCCAUGCUGGACGCCCACCCCGAGGUGCGCUGCGGGGAGGAGACCCGCAUCAUCCCCCGCGUGCUGGCCAUGCGCCAGGCCUGGUCCAAGUCCGGCCGCGAGAAGAUGCGCCUGGACGAGGCGGGGGUGACGGACCAGGUGCUGGACGCGGCCAUGCAGGCCUUCAUCCUGGAGGUGAUCGCCAAGCACGGCGAGCCCGCCAGGUACCUGUGCAACAAGGACCCCUUCACGCUCAAGUCCUCGGUGUACCUGUCCCGGCUGUUCCCCAACUCCAAGUUCCUGCUGAUGGUGCGGGACGGGCGCGCCUCGGUGCACUCCAUGAUCACGCGCAAGGUGACGAUCGCCGGCUUCGACCUGAACAGCUACCGGGACUGCCUGACCAAGUGGAACAAGGCCAUCGAGGUGAUGUAUUCCCAGUGCCUGGAGAUCGGCCGCGCCCGCUGCCUGCCCGUCUACUACGAGCAGCUGGUGCUGCACCCCGAGCAGUCCAUGCACAACAUCAUGAGGUUCCUGGACAUCUCCUGGAGCGACACGGUGCUGCACCACGAGGAGCUCAUCGGGAAGCCUGGUGGGGUGUCCCUUUCCAAGAUAGAGAGGUCAACAGACCAGGUGAUCAAGCCGGUGAACAUGGAGGCGUUGUCCAAGUGGAUCGGGCACAUCCCGGGGGAUGUGCUGCAGGACAUGGCCCACAUCGCCCCCAUGCUCGCCAGGCUCGGCUACGACCCCUACGCCAACCCCCCCAACUACGGCCAGCCCGACCCCCUGGUUGUCAACAACACGCACAGAGUUUUAAAGGGGGAUUAUAAAACACCGGCCAAUCUCAAAGGUCACCUGCAGGUGACUCAGAACACGUCAUCUUCUCACUAAGAAAAUUAAUGAUUUCCAGAACGCUGCCAGCGGCCUGUUGUUGCCCGAGAAGGACGAGUGUGCAGUGGGCCCGUGGAAAUCUGUUCUCCAAGCAUAUUGCUUGCUCCUACUGUUGCCAAAUGACUGCGCUCCAGGAAUGUAUUUGCAUUUAUUUGCAAAGGCCAAACGUGCUCCACGGCGGGAACGUCCCCGGCCCGGCCCGGCGCUCUGUGGGGAACGCAGCUGUGGAAAGCCGGGCUGAGGGGGACGGAAGGAGAUUCCCUGUGCCGUGGCUGGAGGACUCCGUACAUCGCGUUUGUGUCUCGUGACCUGUUCCCCGUUCCCGGUGUGGGGAACAGCCCUCCCAUGCCCGCUGUUCCGUAUUCCUGGGAUCGGGAAGAGCCACCCUGGUCCUGCUGUUCCCAAUGCCCAGGGUCAGGAACAGCCCCCUGGCCCUGCAGAGCCUUUGUGGUGCGUGUGUCCCCUCUACCCCUACCCCAACCCUGCAGAGGCUAUUGCAGAGUUAAUAUAUGCCUCCCCCCCACCCGGUGUCGGACACCAUUAAAGUGUUGAUUUGA